AAAAAAACCCUACGGACCUCUCAGGUCGUGUCUCCAAACACACCACCUUAGCGCGGCGGGGCAAGACUGUCGGUCGGUAAAGUGCAGCCGUUAAGGCCACGUCGACUAAAACAAACAAACUACAGCUUAAACAGUUGUUUCUGUCUUUCUCUCGCUCUGUCGACGUGAACCGGAGUUUUAAACGACGCCGUGAAUCAUGCUGGACCCGUCCUCCAGCGAAGACACCGGCGGGGAGUCCGACCCAGAAGUUGUCCAGGAGGCUCCGAGGAAACCGGCUGCGUCCUCGGCGGGGAAACGGGGGAACAACAGCCGGGCGGGCGGCCAGCAGCGACAGGUCCCCGCACCUGGAGGCGCCCCCGGUAAAGGUGCGAAACAAAACAAUGCUACAGGUGAAGAGGAGGAGGAGAGGAGGGAGCGGGAGCGGAUUCAGAAGGAGGAAGAGGAGAGGAAAAUUAAACUGCAGAUUUAUGUGUUCGUCCUGCGGUGCAUAGCCUACCCGUUCAACGCCAAGCAGCCCACCGACAUGGCCCGGCGGCAGCAAAAGGUGAACAAGCAGCAGCUGCAGGCGGUGAAGGAGAGAUUUCUGGCCUUCCUCAACGGGGAGACGCAGAUUGUGGCGGACGAAGCUUUCUGCAACGCCGUGAGGAGCUACUAUGAGGGCUUCCUGAAGAGCGAGCGCGUUUCCCGGAUGGUUCAGAGCGGCGGCUGCUCGGCCAACGACUUCCGCGAGGUCUUCAAGAAGAACAUCGAGCGGCGCAUUCGCAGCCUCCCGGAGAUUGACGGCCUGAGCAAAGAGACCGUGCUGAGCUCCUGGAUCGCCAAAUACGACGCCAUCUACAGGGGGGACGAGGACAUGCGGCGGCAGCCACAGCGGGCGCACCUGAGCGCCGUGUCGGAGCUCAUCCUCAGCAAGGAGCAGCUGUACGAGAUGUUCCAGCAGAUCCUCGGCAUCCGGAAGUUCGAGCACCAGCUGCUGUACAACGCCUGCCAGCUGGACAACGUGGACGAGCAGGCGGCUCAGAUCCGCAGAGAGCUGGACGGCAGGUUACAACUGGCCGAGAAGAUCGCCAGGGAGAGGAGAUACCCAAAGUUUGUCUCCGCUGACAUGGAGGCUCUGUACGUGGAGGAGCUGCGUUCGUCCGUCAACCUGCUGAUGGCGAACCUGGAGAGUCUGCCCGUGUCCAAAGGAGGUCCGGACUUCAAGCAGAAGCUCAAACGCUCCUCUAUGAACAACUCCUUCCUGGACAUGGGAGACGAGGGAGACAUCCUGUCCAAGUCUGACGUCGUGCUGUCCUUCACUCUGGAGAUCGUGAUCGUGGAGGUCCAGGGUCUGAAGUCUGUCGCUCCAAACCGGAUCGUUUACUGCACCAUGGAGGUGGAGGGAGGAGAGAAGCUGCAGACGGACCAAGCUGAAGCCGCCCGGCCACAGUGGGGGACUCAGGGAGACUUCACCACGACUCACCCUCUGCCCUCGGUCAAAGUAAAGCUGUUCACAGAGAGCACAGGGGUCCUGGCUCUGGAGGACAAGGAGCUGGGCCGGGUGGUCCUGAACCCAACCACCAACGGACCAAAGCAGGCCGAGUUCCACCGGAUGGUCGUCCCCAAGAGCAGCCAGGACACUGAGCUGAAGAUCAAGCUGGCGGUCCGCAUGGACAAACCCCCCAACAUGAAGCACAGCGGGUAUCUUUACGCUGUGGGACAGAGAGUGUGGAAACGCUGGAAAAGAAGAUAUUUUGUUCUCGUUCAGGUGAGUCAGUACACGUUUGCCAUGUGCAGCUACAGAGAGAAGAAGGCGGAGCCUCAAGAGCUAAUGCAGCUGGAGGGCUACACGGUGGACUACUGCGACCCUCAGCCAGGCCUGCAGGGCGGCCGGGUGUUUUUUAACGCGGUGAAGGAGGGCGACCUGGUGAUGUUCGCCUGUGACGAUGAGCAGGACCGAGUGCUGUGGGUCCAGGCCAUAUACCGGGCCACCGGGCAGUCCUACAAACCGGUCCCCCCGCUGCAGAACAAAACCGCAAACUGCAGAGGAGGACUUCAGAAACCAGCGUCCCCCAUCAGUCUGGAUCCGUCUCAGCGGCAGGGGGUGGAGGAGCUGAUCUCUGCAGCGCCGAGUCGCUUCGACCACGCCGCCCUGUUCGCCAUCUUACAGAAACACACUCUGCAGCACCGCAUGAGCGACUCCUUCUCCUGCCUGGGUUGGUUCAGUCCCGGCCAGGUGUUCGUCCUGGACGAGUACUGCGCUCGGUAUGGUGUUCGAGGCUGCCACCGUCACCUGAGCUACCUGAAGGGUCUGAUGGAUUAUUCGGAGAACAACGCGCUGGUCGACCCCACGCUGCUGCACUACAGCUACGCCUUCUGCGUCUCCCACGUCCACGGGAACAGGCCUGACGGGAUGGGCACGGUGACCGUGGAGGAGAAAGAGCAGUUUGAGGCCAUCAGGAGUCGCCUCAUGGCUCUGCUGGAGAACCAGAUCACACAUUUUAGGUACUGCUUUCCCUUCGGACGACCAGAUGGGGCCCUGAAGGCAACACUCUCCCUGCAGGAACGGGUGCUGAUGAAGGACAUCACCACGCCCGUCCCUCCUGAGGACAUGAAGAAACUGGUGCAGACGUGUCUGGAGAAAGCGGCUCGGCUCAACUACAGUCAGCUGAUCGAAUACGCUCAGAUCAAAGUGGACGCUCAGGCAGCUCCAGAGAAAAGACUGGAGGACAUGAUGAGACUGGGCGAGCUCUGCAUCGAAGUCCUGCAGCAGAACGAGGAGCAUCACUCUGAGGCUUUCUCGUGGUGGCCGGAGCUGAUGGCCGAACACGCCGAAACAUUCCUGUCUCUGUACAAAGCCGACAUGGACGCCGCUCUGCAGGUCCAGGCGGUCGACUCCUGGGACAGCUUCCCACUGUUCCAGCUCCUCAACAACUUCCUGCGAACUGACCCUCACCUGUGUAACGGGACGUUCCACAAACACCUGCAGGACCUGUUCGUGCCCCUGGUGGUGCGCUACAUCGACCUGAUGGAGUCGUCAAUCGCCCAGUCCAUCCACCGCGGCUUCGAGCAGGAGACCUGGCAGUCCGUCAAGUCACUGACUAACAAUCUAGCGAGCGUUCCUCUUCCCAAAGUCCCCAGCCUUCCCCUCACGCUGCCGCAGAUGCCCAGUUUCUCUGCACCUGCCUGGAUGGGACCUCUGUGUGAGAACACCUUGCACGGAAUAAAUCUACCUGAUAUCUUUAACGGCUCGGCCACCUCCGAGGAUCUGUUCUGGAAGCUGGAUGCGCUGCAGAUGUUCGUGCUGGACCUCCACUGGCCGGAGCCCGAGUUCGCCAAACAUCUGGAGCAGAGACUCAAACUGAUGGCCAGCGACAUGAUGGAGGCCUGCGUCAAGAGAACAAAAUCUGCAUUCGACUCCAAAAUGCAGAAAGCGAGUAAGUCGACGGACUUCCGGGUGCCGCUGUCGGUCUGCACCAUGUUCAACGUGCUGAUGGACGCCAAGAAGCAGUGCGCCAAACUCUGCGUGCUGGACACGGGGCAGGAGAGUGACAAACAAUGGCAACAGUACCACUCCAAAAUCGAUGUCCUGAUUGACGAGGCAUUCAAAGAAAUGAUUUCUUCCCUCGUCUCAAAGUUUGCCGGUGUUUUAGACGGCGUCCUCUCCAAGCUCUCCAGAUACGAUGAAGGGACAUUCUUCUCUUCAAUCCUCUCUUUCACAGUGAAAGCAGCUGCCAAAUAUGUGGAAGUCCCUAAACCAGGGAUGGAUCUGGCCGACACCUACAUCACCUUCGUACGGCAGAACCAGGACAUCCUCCGAGACCGCGUCAACGACGAGCUCUACAUCGAGGAGGUGUUUGACCAAUGGUACACCGGCUCCAUGAAGGCGCUGUGUGUUUGGUUGACUGACAGACUGGACCUGCAGCUCCACAUGUACCAGCUGAAAACACUCAUCAAGAUUGUCAAGAAGACCUACCGUGACUUCAGGCUGCAGGGCGUCCUGGACGGCACACUGAACAACAAGAGCUAUGAGACCAUCUACAACCGGCUGACGGUGGAGGAAGCCACGGCAGCCGUCAAGGCGGGCGACGGCCUGCAGGGCAUCAGCAUGAGAGACAGCGACGAGGAGGACGACUAAACUCGCACACAAACACACCCUCCCUUCACACUCCCUGUUUCCUACUUGAUUGUCAUCCUUCCUAACAGAUCAGGAGCUUCUGUCACAGUUAAUGAUGUGUGUCUUCUACUUCACUUCACUCAACAGUUUUCAUUAAAAACUCAGCAAACGUAAUUUAAUAUUAGUAUUUUUGAAAUAUGUUGCUGCUGGACAGAAUAGCCAUGCUUUUUUUCAACAACAGGACAGGAUAUGCUAAAGUUAGCUAGCGUGUCAUGUUGUUUUCUCCACUGAGCUCCACAGUCUUGGAAAACUAAAGACAACAAAUAUUUGAAAAUAACAUUAGGAACUAGGUAGAAGUAGAGAACUAGCUACUCAGCAAAACCACCUUGCAAUAUUAGCAGCAGGAGCAGGUUAUGCUAAUGUUAGCUAGCAUGCCAUGUUGUGGAUGCAUUUUUUCCACUGAACUCCACCCAGUCAAUGAAAACUAAACUGAAGACUACAAAACAGAGACUGAAGUCAAAAAACAUAGUAAAACAUUAAAAAAAAAGUGUGUGAAACACUCACACUAAAACACUGCUGCUAACAGCAGGGACUGCUUAUGCUAAUGUUAGGUAGCAAGCCAACAGCUCUUAGCUCACUGAUUUUCUUCACUGUCAUUGAAAAAUAUAAACUGAAACAAAAAUGAAACUACAGUCCAGUAGUAUGACUUGAUAGUCUGUCUGGAGAAAAUAGACACAAAUAGUUACACAGCUGGGCAAAAUAACCAACAACAGGACAGGUUAUGCUAACGUUGGCUAGUAGGCCUAGUAAGCCAUGUUGUUGAUGCAUUUUCUCCACUUCAGACAACAAUACUCAGUGAAUAGAAUCAUUUAGAUUACAGUCAAUAAAUGUCAUUUUUUGAUUGGAGAAAGUUAUGCUAAUGCUAGCUAGUGAGUCUUGUUAAUGCAUUUUUUACUUAAGUCUAUUUUACUUUUAUUAAAGGUAAAAAAUAUCAUUCUUGAGUAUGAAUGAGUUGACAAAAUUGAAUAAAGAAGUCCAGUUGUAUAAUGAAUUGAACUGAAUCGUGAGCUAACGUUAUCAUUUCAGCCCUUUAUAUGAAUUUAGUGUUACGUUAGCUUAACAGCUAACAUUAUCUUGCUAGCUAACAGAUAAGAAAAGGUAGGAGAACAGCUGUUACCACAGAAAUACAAAGGGGUCAUAAUGAAUAAAUAUGAGGAGAUAUUAUUGUUGUUUGUUACAAUUAGAGUUUUACUUAAAUAUAUGUCACGUAUCGUUGACCAUGUAAAAUGUUUUUAGGGUUUCUUCUCUUUAAACUGAAAAUACAGUGGAGGAAAAAAUAUUGAAAACAAACUUAGCUUUCAUUUUUUAGGAGUGAACACUGAGUGUAGUUACAUGUGCAGUAGAGGUGAAAUGUCAUUCAUCACAGCUGAAGACCUGAUCAGUUGAGAAGGGAUGCUCAGGUAGUGACACACCCCCUUUUACCCAACCUGUCACAUGCUCAUCGCCCAGACACUACGUGUUGAAACGUACACGAGUCAGAAUGUACGACAAACAGGAAGUCACGGCGAGGCGAGGCAAGGCAUCAACACGCUCUGGACUGUGCCAAGACGAACCUCGCCAAGCUCCGCCCUCCUCCAUGAGCAGCCAUACUCUGAUUGAUGUCACUUUGUACAGUAGAGCUCAGCGAUCGCCAUUAGUGCAGCUCCUUUCUGUUUCGUUUCAUCCACCGUUGUAGCUUGUUGUUCAAAGCUUCAAAGGCUCCAGCAGCUCUGAAACCCCAGAGUCCAGGCAACCUCGCUGCCUUUUUUUAAUCAUACUCCUGACAGCUACAAAAUCCACUAAAGAAAUGUAUUUUUAUUUGACAGGAAGCUUGGAACUGUUAGGUUCAAUGUAACUGGUUUUAUUGAAGCUCAGUAAUCCACUUUCAUUCUCGUCACCAGUAAAACAACAGCACUGUUUCUUUUUUGUUUAAACACUUAAAACAAGGUUGUUUUUAACAUUUUCCUGACAAGCAGGAAAAUGCGUGGUUGGGCGAAUAAUUACUGUUGUCUCUGAUCAGCAAAAGCAGAAGUAGCCUGACAUCGUUACAGCACUUCAGUACUUGAAGUUGGGGUCAGCAAAGCAUCUGACCGCUGUCAUCAUCCUUGAGUGUUUGAAACAAAUGUUCGUUUCCUUUAACCAUGAUCACAACCUUUCUCUAAUCUUGAAGAAGCAGCUUUCAUUGGCUAUAGUAGGUAGCAGAUCAGAAAACACCUGUGGGUCAAUUUAGAAAGUGAUGUUUUGUUUUUUUUGAUUGGGGAACUCUGUUCUGAUCUGUUCCCUCAUGUUCCCGUACAUUGAAAUUAGACGAAUCUAUGUACCAAAGGUUUCUGUGCUAGCGUGUCUGUUAUGUAACACUGCGGAAAGUUAAGUUAGAGUUUAUAAAUGGCGUAAACUGGUUUCAGUCCCAUCAUACACCAAACAGCUGAGCUUAGCUUUUGUAACCCUUCACCGGGAUAUUGUAAUUAAGUCACCCAAACUUAUCCAAACCUUUAAAGGAUGAUUUGAGUUUUACAGUUUGGGUCUCUGUUGGGUUUGUCCAUCAUUUUGAUCAGUAACAUCAGUGAAAAGAGUCAGACGAGUAAAGGAACAAGAGCAAACAAAUGAUUGGACAAACUGGAAACAUUGUCAAUGCAGUCAAAUUGAAAGUGAGCACACUCGCAAUUUUGAUAAUGAUUCAAAUCACACAGGAAAAUUUGAUUUUACACAGUUACAGGAAGGUCUGUGGCUCAAAGUUGAAGCAGAAAAUGGGUCUUGGAUGUUUAAUUUUACCGUUUACCUUUCACCUCACCUGGAGGUUUGUUUCCAACCUGUCUGACUGCUCGUGUUUCUUUACCAGUUGGAUUUAACUGUUACAGUAACUGAUAGAAACGACGCCCAAACCUACAAAAACAACACCCAGAUUGUAAUAAACCAGAAUUAUCCUUUAUUAACAAUGAACAAUCUUUCUUUAGUUGCCAAGCGUUGAUGUUGUUAAAAUGGAGAAACGUUAGCAUUUACCAUUCAGAAACUUUGAAAUUGACAGAAUGAAGGGUCUUGCAGAGUCAUUCAGUAUCAUGUUUUUGUCUGGCAAUAGGGUUUUAGCUUUCAGGUAAAAAAAAAACUAAAACAAAAACAGACAGUGCUUAAUAGCUGAAUGUUUGAUGUUCAGUGUCUUUGAACUCUUACAACUCCACGCUGACUAAAUGUUGCCGCCCUGCCGUCGUUUCUGAAUCUGAACCUGAACCUUCUGUAGCUCCAGAUGGUCUCCACCUCUGACCGAGGACCGGCGGCCUCAGGGGAUAAAACUAAUCUGCGCAGGUGUUCCCGCAAAAACACAAAGAGUCGGUUUCACCACACCGGAGGUCUUUAAAAGGUGUCGGGACCGGAAGUGGAAAGUGGGGAAUACUUGUUGAGACGCGACGACUACAUGCUGAUGUAGUUGUAGAUCUGCCGCCAUCUUUGUUCACCGUGAUAUUUACUGUUGUGAAGAGUCGUAUUGAGCUGUAGCGUGGUAUGGUCAUACCGCCUGAUGUGCAUCAUACCCAACGUUGAUCAAAGUCUUACAAACGUGCCAACAAACUGACAAGGUCUGGACUGUUUGUUUUUGUUUGUUUGUUUGUUUGUUUGAUUGUUUUAAAACAGGAACAUCCGGGGAGAACGUGCAUCUGUUUUUUUUUUUUUUAUUAAUCUGAUUACCGUCUUGAAAUCUGAUCAGCUGCCAGCAGGCGCGUUCAAUCGCCACGGUCCGUUUGCGUGUCGUCGUCCAGUAAAAAAAUAAAAAUACAAAAGUUUUAUCUGUAGAUUCAGUGUUGGCCUCCGAUCGACUGUGUGCAGCAACCUGCCGUUUGUUUUAACUGUCCGAUCCAGUUUGUGUCAGUGCAGUUCAACAGGCCAAAAACCGAAAGGACAAAAAUCUAUUAUUUGAAGAAGUAUAUUUAUAUUGUCUUAUUGUGCACCUGUUUUGUUCAGGUGUCUUAUCUCAGUGUCACUAUUAAAAGUGUUUUUAAAGCAA